AUGGAUAAAAUGUUAGGACUAGUUCGGAUUCGUAUCAAGAGAGGUCUUAAUCUCGCCGUGCGCGAUGUCCGAAGCAGCGAUCCUUAUGUCGUUGUCAGAAUGGGCACCCAGAGGAUGAAGACUCGAGUUAUCAGAAAGGAUGUAAAUCCUGAAUGGAAUGAGGACUUGACACUUUCUGUUACUAAUCCUGAGGAGCCAGUUUUCAUCGAAGUAUACGACCACGACACGUUCAGCAUGGACGACUCGAUGGGAAACGCGGAGCUUGACAUACAACCAUUCGUGGAGGCGUUGAAGAUACAACCGAGAGGGCUGCCGAACGGGACAAGAAUCAAGACAAUACAGCCUUCCCGGAGCAACUGCUUGGUGGAAGAGAGCAGUGUUGUUUGGAGGGAUGGAAAGAUUAUGCAAGACAUGUGCCUCAGGCUUAAAAAUGUUGAAUGUGGAGAGCUCCAAGUUCAACUCCAAUGGGUUGAUCUUCCUGGCUCUAGAGCUUUGUAGGCAUCUUCAUGAGUGCUGAAGCUACAUUGGUUUAUGAUUUUUUGUGUCAUCUUCCAUUCAUUAUUGUUGUUGUUGCUACUUCAAAAAUAAAAAUGUCAUGUUUUA